GUUAUUUCGUUUGUCUAUGGAUAGUUGUGAUUCCAAUCUUUACUCUUGUGUUAGUGUAUUGAAAGUAAUGCUUUAGUAUUACUUAGUUAUAUAUGAAGUAAUCUAUAAAUAGUUCAGUGUAGUAAACUGUACCAUCGGUUUGCAAAGCAAGUAACGCUUUAUAUUACUUUUAAAAAGUAAUGAAACAAGACAAAACCCGUGCUAAUAUGGGUGCUCAUUCCAUGGAUGAUUCAGGAAUCGACCGGUCCUCGGAUAAUGAAAAUGAAGAAGACUAUGAAAACCAGGAUGAGCCUAUGGAAGAUGAUUAUAAUGAUGAAGAUGAUUACUACGACGACUAUCGUCCUCCCCCACCAAAUAAGAGAGGAAGAGGAGGAGGUGGCAUGUUUAGAGGCGGUAGAGGAGGAGGUCGUGGUGGUCAGCACAUGGAUUUCAGCCCUAGAGGGCAGCAAGGAGGAGGACCUCGGGGACCUCAAGGCGGCCCUCAUGGACACGGAGGCCCCCAUGGAGGUGGGCCAAGAUUUCGUGGUAGGGGAUUCGGUCCAAGAGGCCCCCCGCCGGGCUUUAGGGGUGGACCUCCAGGCCCUCACUUUGGUGGACCCAGAGGCCCUAGAUUUAGAGGUGGCCCUCCACCCAACUGGGACCCAAAUUGGGGGGGUCCUGGAGGUCCGAUGCAGGGUCAUGGUGGACCAAUGCAUGGAGGACCACCACCUCCACAUCAUAUGAUGGGUGGACCUCCUCCACCUGGUGGAAUGGGACCACCUCCUCAUAUGAUGGGCCCUGGCGGUCCAGGAGGACCAGGUGGACCAGGACCUGGUCCUAUGGGCAUGCCUCCACCAUUUGGGCCACCGCCAGGCAUGGGAGGCCCCCCACCACUUGGCUCUGGACCUCCCCCUAUGAUGCCACCUAAUAACAUGGGAGGGAUGCAGACUGGCAUGCCGCCCCCAAUGAAUGGCCCAAAUAACAUGCCGAAUGGUCCACCAAUGAAUAUGCCACCUCCUGGCAUGCCCCCACCAGGUACCCUGCCACCUACAAAUAUACCCCCACCAGUCACAGCAGCUGCAGCGGCCACGAACAGCCCUGCCCAAAACCCUGUAGGGCUCGACUUCACUGGUGAGAUCUGGGUGGAGACAAAGGCAUCAGAAGGGAAGUCUUACUAUUACAAUGCUAGGACAAGAGAGACUACCUGGACUAAACCAGAAGGCAAUGUCAAAAUCCUUCUUCAAGAACAGGUUGAAGCAAUGGCGCAAGCUGCAGGAGUAGCUCCUACGCAGACCAACUCCCAGGAUACGUCAUCUACCACUACAGUCCCUGGGGAUUCUGAGGACAGCAAUGCAGGUGACACGACAACAGCCACCAACGCAACAACUGGUACUGAUUCCCCGACCACUACUGUCACGACAAGUACGAUCAGUGCCAGUGCAACACAAUCGUCAACAACAAGUGUCGCAAGUACUAGCAGUGUAACUUCAGCACCUCAGGCAGUCACCAACACCACAGCCCCGACAAUGUCAGCCCCACCGGUAAUGGGAGGAAUGCCCCCAGGUCCCAUGGGGAUGGGAGGGAUGAUGGGAGGCCCCCCGCCACUUGGUGGCCCCAUAGGGCCUGGGAUGGGAGGCAUGCCCAUGAUGGGAAUGGGAGGGAUGCCCAACACCAUGCAGCCUCCCCCAAGCAUGAUGCAUGGCCCUCCGCCAGGCAUGUAUGGUGGGCCACCAGGACACUUUGGCGGCCCCCCACCAUUUGGGAUGCCCCCACCUGGAUUUCCCCCAGGUGGCUUUGGUGGGUUCCCUCAAGGACCUUGGGGAAUGCCUCCACAAGCUAUGAUGCCCCCGGCCCAACAGCCGAUGAUGCCACCACAAACUGUGGUCCCUGCCCCAGUAGCAGCGGUGCAACCCACUCCACAAACAGAUGAUUCUACUGCUCAGAUUGACCCGGAAAUUGUGGCUCGUGCGGCAGAGUGGUCAGAACACAGAGCUCCCGACGGAAAGCUCUACUACUACAAUGCCAAGCUGGGUGAGAGUGUUUGGCAGAAACCACAGCCCCUCAAGGAUUUAGAGACUGCCAAAUUAGCUGCAGCUCAAGGCGUAUCAACAUUGCCUCAGGCUGGAGUCAUCUCGGCUGCAGCCACCACCAAGAUCAGUGCAACAAAACCACCUGGAUCAGACGAUGGUUCGUCUACUGAUGGUGAGAAAUCACCUCAGAUCUCAGCUGUCAACGGGACCUCAACUGGGGCUUCCAAAGCAGACAGUGACGAAGAAGACAGGAAGAAAGAGGAAUUGGCAGAAAAGAGUAAAAAAGAAGCUGAGGCUAAAGCACAAGAAGAACUGGCCAAGAAAAAGAAAGAAGAGGAAGAAGAGAAGGCAAAAGAAGCACAAAAAGCUCAAGACAAAUCAAAACCAGUUUCUAGCACUCCUGUUCCUGGGACUCCAUGGUGUGUGGUAUGGACUGGUGAUGGAAGGGUGUUCUUCUACAACCCCUCAUCACGCACAAGCGUGUGGGAGAGGCCUGAGGAGCUGGUGGGGCGUGCAGAUGUAGACAAGAUGGUGGCCAGUCCUCCCGAGACAUCCCAGACUGCUGAAGCCCAGGCUACCAAACGUGACAGCACUACAGAGACUGAGGCCCAGGCUGCUAAGAAACAGAAGCUGGACACCAGUAAACUGGAGACCAGUGCCACAGAGAGUGAAAAGAAGCAGAUAGAUAUUGGCAAGGAGGCAGCGAUGGAGGCGGAGGUGCGAGCAGCACGGGAGCGGGCCAUCGUACCUCUGGAGACACGCAUCAAGUCAUUCCGGGAGAUGUUGGCUGAGAAGGAGGUAUCAGCAUUCAGUACGUGGGAAAAGGAGCUGCACAAGAUCGUGUUCGACCCUCGCUACCUGCUGUUGACCAGCAAGGAGCGAAAGCAGGUGUUCGACAAGUACGUCAAGGAGAGAGCAGAGGAAGAGCGCAGGGAGAAGAGGAACAAGCUGAAGGAACGGAAAGAUGAGUACAGGAGAUUGAUGGAGGAAGCGAGUUUGCAUGGAAAAUCUUCAUUUGGAGACUUUGCCCAAAAAUAUGGCAAAGAUGACCGUUUCAAGAAUAUAGAAAAGAUGCGAGAAAGGGAAAGCCUCUUUAACGAAUUCUUGUUGGAGGUACGCAAACGGGAGAAAGAAGAGAAAAACUUGCGCAGAGAACAGGUUAAACGAGAUUUCUUUAGCUUAUUGAGGGAACACAGUGAAAUCGACCGGCACUCGAGGUGGAGCGAUGCAAAGAAACGGGUGGAUUCGGACCCCAGGUAUAAGAACGUGGACUCUAGUGCGGUCAGAGAGGACUGGUUCCGUGAAUACCUCAAGAUAUUGAAGGACGAGCGCAAGAGGGAGAAGGAGAGAGACAGAGAACGGCGGGACAAGGACAGGAGGGACAAGGGGGAGAAGAGUGAUAGGGGAGACAAAGAGAAAGAAACUAAGGUGGAAAAUGAAAGUGAGCAAGAUGCAGAGACUGACGCAGAGCAAGAGAAAGAAAAAGAGAAAGAGAAGGCAGCACGAGUGGAGGCGAGUCUACGAGAAAGAGAGAAGGAGGUACAACGCACAUUAGCGGUACACCUGCGUGACAGAGAUAAUGAGCGUGAGCAGCACAAGCAUGAUGAAGCAGUGCAGCACUUUAAAGCUCUCCUUGCUGAUUUGGUGCGAAACUCAGAAUUGGUGUGGCGUGAGGCCAAGCGUCAACUGCGUAAGGACCACCGUUGGGAACUUGCUGAACUCUUGGAGCGAGAAGAGAAAGAGAAACUCUUCACUGAACACAUUGAACAGUUGUCAAAGAAGAAAAAAGAGAAGUUUAGAGAGCUGUUAAAUGAAACCCAGGAUGUCACCCUUUCUAGUUCAUGGAAAGAAGUUCGUAAACUCAUUAAAGAUGACCCGCGUUAUAGCAAGUUCUCCUCUAGUGAAAAGAAAUGUGAACGAGAAUUCAAAGACUAUAUUAAGGAUAAAAUGGUGGCUGCGAAGGCAGAUAUCAGAGAACUGUUGCAGGAAACCAAAUUGAUCACACACAAAACGUUGACCAUGGUGAAGGAGAAUGAAGGUGCAAUGAAGGAGAUUGAGGAGAUUCUGAAGAAGGAUAAACGAUAUCUGGAGUUGGACCACAUCCCAGAGGAGAGGCAAGAGCUGGUGAUGGGUUAUCUGGAGGAUCUGGAGAAGAGAGGACCUCCCCCACCACCCACAGCAUCCGAACCCUCUCGUCGCAGUACCAAGUGAAUAUGGCGGCUAUUGGAGGAUGAAGAUCCUGGUGAAAUUCCGGCACCUCCUUCGAUGGACAUUUUCCAUUUCAGCUCUUAAAAAUUCAACCAAAUACAAUAAAAAUUGGCUGGUACUUAGAUUUUUUUAAAUUUACAGGGGUAAAAUUAUCAAUUGUUUGAGAUUCAUCUAUGAAAUAAUAUAUUGUAAAGACUGACAGGUAAUAUGGUAUUGUAAUACGAUCACAAAACAAUUUGUUCCUAAAUGUUUUGUUUAUUCUUAUAUUUUGUUACUGAGUUUUGCUGAAUGGUAGAUGUAAGUGCUAACACUGUCAUUUCUUUUAAACUUUUACUACAAUUAUGUAUGUAUAGACAAACCGUGAUACAAUUGAGAUUGUAUAUGAGCUAGUUUAGUUUUAUGUUAUUACCACAGUUGUAAAGCAAUGACAUGUUUAGAUAACAUGUUUCCUUUUUAAUAAAUAUAACUUGAUGAAAUA